GGAAGUACAUACUGUACCUUUAAAGGGUUCAAAGUCAGUGGUUUGAGUCAAAUGUGAUGCUGAUUCAUGUAUAGGCUUCACUCAGACUAUAUAUUAGUUAAUUUAUAUGUAUAGUCAAAUAGCACUCAACAUCAGAAAUAAAUUUAAAAGUGUGUUAAAACGUUAAAAAAGACGCCAACUGAGAUAACAAGUAAAAAUGUGGAGGAAACGCAGAAAUACAAAAUAGAUAAAUAAAUACACUGAACAUGAGUGGCGUGUUGGUUGGUAGAAGUCAAGUUGACUCGGAGGUGUCGCUAGUAAUUGUAUGUACAUUUCAUUUAGUUCCUCUUGCGUUCGUCGUCUUCGCUCCUGUAGAUGUUUUAGUUUCCAGUUGCCUUGGUCCACAGCUGACUGAAGUUCUUCGAUUUUGUCCUGGAAUGGACCAGAAAGGAGAGUGGUGUUCACCUGCAACCUGCUUUCGUGAAAAGCUAAAGCUAACUGUGAACGCUCGAGUCUGGUUCCGGCGUCCCUCGUGUGAGUAGCUGGCUGCUUUGAGACCAACCGCUUACCUUGUUCGAUGUUUUUGCGAAUGAGUGUGCAAGAAAAUCCAUACCCACGGUCGUGAGAGUGCAGACUUGCGCUGAGAAACGCUUUUGAGCCAAACUUCCAGGCUGAGUGUCAGAGCCCGGAUAGCUCAGUCGGUAGAGCAUCAGACUUUUAAUCUGAGGGUCCAGGGUUCAAGUCCCUGUUCGGGCGUUCAUUUUUUUUCUGUUUGAAAUCUUCUUUAUUUUUUUGACUGACCAAAGACAAACUACAAUCGUUUUCGAUUAACCCACAUACAUUUAUUAGUCACGUGUCCCGCGAGGAUCUCGGCCCACCCUCCAAACAAAGCGACGGUUUACCUUUAAAGUAUAGGUGGGUGAGAUGAAAUUGAAUUAUCUGCCAAUAUAAAAUGGAAAGAAUUGACAGUCAUUUAGUGAGUGUAGUCAGCACAUACAAUACAACAACACAAGAUGUCUAACUGUUGUACAAAUAGGAUUAUAAAACUGACUUAAAUCAGUCUUAAAUAUAAAGUAUAGAUUGUUUUGAUUUUUCAUUUAUGGUUCAACUUUAAUCAUUUCUGUCUUUGUCGUAUCACCAUAUUGGGGUGAUCUAAACCCAAUAAAUAAAUAAAUAAAUCUGUUUGUACUAUAAAAACAGACAAGAUCUUUACUGCUAUUUUUGGUUAAUUAAAUUUUAUUGCGCCUUCAUUACUGUUAUGGACAGAAUUUCUAGGCGCAGCAUCUGAUCCGGAUGCCCCCUGGACGCCUCCCUGGGGAGGUGUUCCGGGCAUGUCCUACCGGGAGGAGACUCCGGGUAAGACCCAGGACUCGCUGGAGAGAUUAUGUCUCUGGUCUGGCCUGGGAACGCCUCGGGAUCCCCCGGGAAGAGCUGGAGGAGGUUUGUGCGGAUCAGGAAGUUUGGGCUUCCCUGCUCCGAAUGCUGCCUCCGCGACCCGACUCCGGAUAAGCGGCAGAAGAAGGAAGGAAGUGAACGUGUAUAAAGGUGGAUGUUAUUGCGGACCAAGUGUCACAUUUGACUGGCAACAAUGGAGCAGAUUAUCCUUGCGUGCGUGCUUCUCACCUGCCUCUCCACUGCACAAACUCAGAAGCUUGUGUUUGCUCCAAAAUGGGCUCCAAGAGGGACCCUGAGAGCAUAUAAAGAGAAUGAAGAGCAAACAGCUCUGACUGUCAUGGAUGAAAUUAUAAAAACAAACAGCAUGCAAGCAUCCCAGAUUGUAGAGGGUACUGCCACUCUCCGAGAGGGAGACAUUGCCGUGUCCACUGGAAGGCGUGCCAAAGUCUGCUUCGCUCGCAGCUGCCUGUGGAACAAGUCUGUGGACGGACAUGUCUAUAUAGCCUACAACAUAGCCUCCGCCUACUCUGAGAUGGACAAAAAGAUCAUCAAGAAAGGGAUGGAAAACAUCGAGAAAGGCACCUGUGUCAGAUUUGUCCCCCGGACUCACCAGCGGGACUUCAUCGACAUCCAACCCAAAUCAGGGUGCUGGUCUUACCUGGGAUCCCGUGGAGGCAAGCAGACGGUGUCGCUGCGCAAUCCCGACUGCCUCAAGGUCGGGGUGAUUUCCCACGAGCUCAUGCACACGCUGGGGUUUGUCCACGAGCAGUCCCGUCUUGACAGAGACAACUAUGUCACCGUUCUGUGGCCCAACAUCUGGCGAGAUCGUAUCAGGAACUUUGAGAAAUUCAAGACCAACACUCUUGACCUGCCCUAUGAUUACGGUUCCAUCAUGCACUUUGGAAUGUACGCCUACUCUGAGGACGGCGAGCCGACCAUUGUUCCUAAAAACAACAAGAAUGUGAAGCUGGGUCAAGCGACGACGCUCAGCCCGGUUGAUAAGAUGAAAAUCAACAAGCUUUAUAACUGUGGUUAGUACGACGUCAACAGGUGCUGACCUGGCCACAUC